AACUUUGAAACAAUAUGCAACUUUGAUGUUUCAAUGUGCGGAUUCCUGCAAGGCAUUAAUGACAAGUUUGAUUGGACUCGACACAAGGGAAGCACACCUUCUACCGAUACAGGACCUUCCUUUAAUCACACCACUGGAAACUUGACCGGUGAGCUCAUAACUUUUAGCCAGUCCUACUAUUAGCAACGAGAACUGUUAUAACGUAUAACAAAUUUAACAGCCAGUUGGUCGGCAUUUCUACUUCAUUUUUAGCAUGAAAAUAUCGCUAGUUUUAGUCUUGCAGAUUUAAUUACAUGCCACUCUUUUCUACCCCUUUUUUUUGUUGUUGUUGUUGCUGUUGUUUUCUUAGAUUAAACUGCUCGUUUUUGUUUCUUUUUUUUGUUGCUUGUACGUUGCACAGGUGUAUUAAAUGUAGGCGAGAGUAUCUAAUUUCGACUGCCUCUUCGGAUCGGUGCAACUACAAGGUUGCAGUUACUCUUUACAUCCGUGGGCUUUGUUGUCAUUUGCCCUCUUAUUCUACCAUGAAUAUAAUACGUCUGUUUUCAAAGAAAAAAAUAAAACGAAUAAAAGGAAACUUGGGAACUUACUAAUAGGUACUUCAGAUGAUCAUUCUACGUCAUUUAAGCUGAACUAACGUUGUUAGAAUACUGUUUUAAGUCAACUGGAUACUUUUUCAGUGCCUUCUGGUCAAUUUCUUUUCUUGCUGCCUUCCUUACAUCUUUUCCUCUUUGUAGGUUAUUACAUGUGCAUUUUUUAGAAAUAUUUAGUCCACGAUAGAGAGCUGAAUGAUAUGACAAAAUUGGACCGUCCUCUACCGAAAAAGACUAAGUUGCUACUCUCUAACCAUCUUCAUCCCUAUAAGGUUAUUACAUGUAUAUAGAAGCAUCCAAUCCAAGACGACCAGGUGAUAACGCAAAAUUGUACAGUCCUCAACUGGAAUUUUUUGGGAAUAUGUGCCUUCAGUUCGAUUACCAUAUGUCUGGUGCCACUACUGAAAGCCUGACUGUCACCAUAAGUGGCAACUUAGUGUUCUUUGCACGUGGUGAUAAAGGAGACAUGUGGCGUAAAGCCAGCGUAAAUGUAUCAGCUAUCGAGGGAUUGCAUAGGGUAAGCCAUGCGUUAUUUUUGUGUCUCUUCUAACAACAACUGUAUAACAACAACCGAAUCUUUAUUUUUAUCAACUUAUUGCUUAACAAUAAAUUAGGAUAAUGAAAAUAUUGAAAGUAAAAUUAGAAUUUAAACUUUAAUGACCCCAUCAAUGGCGGUAAAACGCUGUUCUCUGAGAGCAGUAAUUGGGGAAGCCAACCGGGUUGGGAGCCAUAAGACACCAAUAGCUCACUUUUUUGGUUAAUUUAAUUGCCAUUAAAGUACAGCUGCGGGUCCAGGAAUUUUUUAAUAAAGGGUUCCGAACUUGUGCUCACCGUUGAAAGUAUGUUACAACUGUUUACCACUGAUAGUUUUCACCAAUCCUGGCCAUCGUUUGCUGUUAUUUAUUUAAAUUUAUAUAAACUACGUAGAUUCAUCUCUGCGAUCCUUAAGUGGUAGAAAUUUCAGUUUUACUGGAAGCACCUUCAAUAACAAGACUUUCUGGUCCGAAGGGUGCGCAGGUCCACCAUCCAGAAGACGUCUUUCGGGUCUCGGGUCUAUGUUCUCCAAAUCUUGCUUUUAGCCAUAAGUUUCUGUACUUCGGUCUGUAAUGAAAAACUAAAAAAGUCGACAAGACUGUAUCCGUUAUAAUACUUCAUCUUUACCAUUAAUCAUAAAUUAAGCACAUAAAAUAUAAGGGAUGUACCAUUUGGUAACAUUAUUUAGUCAUAGCAAGAUUCUUCUUUCUUACUCAUAGUGGUGCAAGUAAGUCCGUAAAUGUAGUGCAAAAUAUGAUGCGCUUGGUGUUUCCAAGAGGAUCUGUUUUGCUAUUAGCCGACAUUUCCUUAUUUCUAUUAUAAUUGUUAAGUUUGUAGUUUUUUGACAAAUUUGAAGAUACUUUUUCAUUAAUUUCAAGACAUUAAUAACAACAGCGACUCUUCCGGACUGAUUGCACCUUUGACAGGUAACAUUUGAAGGCGUAGUGGGAAGCAGGUACACUGGCAACAUAGCAAUUGACGACUUCUCCUUGACAGCAGGGUCAUGUCCUUAUGGUAAGUUUUUUGACUAAAGGGUGCACUGUCACCUAUUUUGAAAUUAAAAAAAGACGUCUUUGCAAAUUUUGAUAGCGUGAAGGGGGGCCGGGACACUUGAUAAGCAAAUAGACAAGAUGUUACAGGGCUCUGUUUUCUUUUAUUCUCCCCGCCGGUGACGGACGUUUUCAGUUGUUGCUUCACCUACUUCAGCUGCAACUAUUGGCGAACUUAAAAGCUGUUUGUACAUAUAUAUACACAGUCCGUAGUCCGUGUUUUAUACUCAAUCCGUAGUUUCUAGUCUGCAUUUUAUACCUAGUCCGUGUUUUAUAAACAGUCCACAGUCCGUGGUCCGCAGUCUGCAGUCCGUGUUUUAUACUGACCGGUUCGAUUAGGUUCGAUUGAGUUCGAUAAAGUUCGAUUACCGAACAGUUUGAGUGGUUACGUCCGCAUUUAAGAGGCAAUGUCCCUAAAAGCGUUCCACUCGAUUUCAGACUCGAAAACAGUUUUGCCUUAUAUUUAUAUCAUCAAUACCACUAUCCAUCCUUAGAACUAAAUUGCAGUUAGAAUGAGGAAAUAGUUUAUUUUACUGCCAUUCUCAGCUUUUCAUCUCUGAACGACCGUUACCGGCUAAAAUAUGCAAAUUUUAGACGCUGUUAUUCAGCUUUUUUAACGAUCGUUGAAAGCUACUAGGGGCCGUGGAUAAAACUUAGACCAUUUGCACUCAUUUGGAAAUAUAUUAUUUCUUCCUACUGUUUCAAUACGAUUUAGUCGUAUCUCUCUGUAAUCAGCAAAAACAGGUUAUCUUUAUUCUUGUAAUUCAAUUAAGUAAGAAAACUGCACCAAAAUGUUCCUCCGGAACUUCAUAAAAUUCUUAAAAGUGGCAACUAACCUAGACCUAAAAACAUGUUUUGGUUAAAGAUAAAGAGGUAUUCUAUCAAUUUAUGCAAUAAACUUGUGGCACAACGCGAUUCAGACUUGAAGGUUUCGACUCAAAUUUGCAUAUUGAUGCAGAAUUCGCGUUGCGUGACACCGGCUGCUUUGACAGUAAAUGUCUCCAAAUAGUUGCCGCUCGGAAGUAAAAUAUGUUUUUUUACCGAAAAAAAAAAUAUUUUUCUUCCCCUUCCAGGUGAUAACGAAAAAAUGUACAGUCCUCCACUGAAAUUCUUUGGCAAUAUGUGCCUUCAGUUCUAUUACCGUAUGUCUGGUGUAACUACUAAAAGCCUGAAAGUCACCGUAAGUGGGAACUUAGUGUUCUUUGCACGUGGUGAUAAAGGAGACAUGGGGCGUAAAGCCUGCGUAAAUGUAUCAGCUAUCGAGGGAUUGCAUAGGGUAAGCCAUGCGUUAUUUUUGUGUCUCUUCUAACAACAACAAUAACAACAACCGAAUCUUUAUUUUUAUCAUAAAAAAUGCUUAACAAUAAAUUAGGAUAAUGAAAAUAUUGAAAGUAAAAUUAGAAUUUAAACUUUAAUGACCCCACAGUGGUGGUAAAACGCUGUUCUCUGAGAGCGGUAAUUGGGGAAGCCAACCGGGUUGGGAGCCAUAAGCCACUAAUAGCUCACUUUUUUUGUUAAUUUAAUUGCCAUUAAAGUACAGCUGCGGGUCUGGGAGUUUUUUAAUAAAGGGUUCCGAACCAAACUCGUUCCCAGGGUUCUCUCCUACCCGCGCUGAAAGUAUGUUACAACUUGGCCAUCAUUUGCUGUUAUUUAGUUAAAUUUAUAUAAACUACGUAGAUUCAUCUCUGCGAUCCUUAAGUGGUAGAAGUUUCAGUUUUACUGAAAGCACCUUCAAUAACAAGACUUUUCUGGUCUGAAGGGUGCGCAGGUCCACCAUCCAGAAGACGUCUUUCGGUUCCCGAGUUUAUGUUCUCCAAAUCUUACUUUAGCCAUAAGUUUCUGUACUUCGGUCUGUAAUGAAAAACUAAAAAAGUCUACAAGACUACAUCCGUUAUAAUACUUCAUCUUUACCAUUAAUUACAAACUAAGCACACAUGAAAUAUAAGUGAUGUACUAUUUGGUAACAUUAUUUAGUCAUAGCAAGAUUAUUCUUUCUUACUCAUAGUGGUGCAAGUAAGUCCGUAAAUGUAGUGCAAAAUAUGAUGCGCUUGGUGUUUCCAAGAGGAUCUGUUUUGCUAUUAGCCGACAUUUCCUUAUUUCUAUUGUUAAGUUUGCAGUUUUUUGACAAAUUCGAAGAUAAUUUUUCAUUAAUUUCAAGACAUUAAUAACAACAGCGACUCUUCCGGACUGAUUGCACCUUUGACAGGUAACAUUUGAAGCCGUAGUGGGAAGCAGUUACUUUGGUGAGAUAGUAAUUGACGACCUUUCCUUGACAGCUGGGUCAUGUCCUUAUGGUAAGUUUUUUUGA